CAAUCCUAAGGUCCUUGAUUGGAAGGUAGUAGAUGAAGUAGAGCUUUCCCCCGGAGAGAGAGGAGGGCUAGGGUGACAUGAUACCACAUUCCCGACCACUGCCGCGGACCCCUCUACUGGGGAGGUACCACGACGGCACUUGCUACGGGGUUGGACACACCUGGCACCCCAGCUGUCUCUACUGCUUCCUGGAGUUGUUCUACUACGUCUACGUGGGAGCACUGAAAGUGUAUGCACCUCUUUACCUGGUGUCUGACAUCCUGCGCAGUAGAACUCUGAAGGCCACGCUGUUUCAGACCGUGCCCUACAUACUGAGGUCCUCCCUGUUCCUGGCCGUCAAUGCAUCGGGCUUCAUUGGUUUCCUCUGCCUCUUCAGGCGUUUGAUAGGCAGAUUCUACUUCCCCCUGAUAGCAUAUGCUCCAGCUGCAUGUGCCUCUCUCUGUGCCAUUGUAGUGGAGCGAAAGAGCAGGAGAGGCCUUCUCACAGGAUAUGUAUUCACGCUGGCAGUGGAGUGCUUGUACCGAAUGUUCAAGUACAGAGGCUACAUAACCCCCAUCCCCUAUGGAGAGGUGAUGCUAUUCUCUGCUGCGUCAGCAGUCCUACUACCUGCAUACAGGUCGAAACAAGGUCUACACGAUGCCAUUGGUAGUGUUCUCAAUGUACUCUUCCAUCCACUUUAUCCUAAGGGAGUGGCAAGAUUUGUGGAGAGUAUAAGGUAGUUAGCCACCUUUGCUUCUAAGUAUAGUGUGUCCUUGCAACAGGAAGGGAGCUGUCACCAAAUGGCGGUACAUGGGCUACAUGACUGUGAGAUUAGCACUGCUGAGUUUGUGGUGUUACUUGGUUGGAUAUGUCACUCAAGUAGCUCUGGGACUGCUCAGCUCUGGAACAAAAGUCUUUAAACGCUGGACCAGGUUAAAGAGUGUUCUAUUCAACUGGUACAAUGUAAGGUUUGGAGCAUUCUUGGCAGUAAACAUCGGUGGAUUCAAGUUAUUGGAGGUUCUACUACUUCUCCUACCAGUAGACCAUAACACAAGAAUGACACUAGCAGCUCUUGUGGCUGGCCUAGCAAUGGCAACGAUCCGCAGCUCAGCCAUCUCCCUGUAUGCUGCUACAAAAGCACUAGAGGUGGUUUACUUCAAGGCUGUGAAGAAAGGCUGGGCUCGCAGCUGCUACUAUGGCGAUGUGAUCCUCUAUUCACUUUCAACUGCACUUCUCUUUCACACGGCCGUGUUUGAGGCUCACAACAUGCGACACUCCUACUGGAGGUUCCUGGUGGGUGUGACCAAUGGGAGGAUCGGGCAGCUCAACUGGGAGGAGGUUGACCGGUUUGACACCCACUCAUCGCUGCAGCACCGUACCCCCACCACCUCCCCUGCCACCAAUGACGACUCUGUAGUCACAUAGAGACCAUAUAUUAUGUGUGUAUUGUUCAUGAUAUGGACCAACCACCCAACUUUGCCUUGAUUUGCUGAUACUUUGGCCUCAAAAUUCAUUAGGGUACACUGUGAAACGAACACUCUGGUUGGUGUCUGUACAAACUGUAGCAACUGUUGCUGA